GGCACGCUGAGCAGAGCAACUCUCACACAUCCAUUAGCCAUUGAAGAUGAAGAGAAUUUCUCUGCGAAAUGGCAAUGCUAUUCCCUUUUAUCUCUUUCUUCCCUAAUUCACAUUAUGCUUCCGCAAUUUCAGGAAAGGGUAAAGUUGGGUUAAACAGUAGCAAUUUUGACAAAGUAAAGAGUUUAGAUGAUGCUGUGAAUCUCUUCCGUCAAAUGGUUAGAAUGAAACCUCUUCCUUCACUUGUCCAUUUCUCUAAAUUGUUUAAGAAUAUGAUAAGUAUGAAGUAUUACACUGCUGUCCUUUCUCUUUUUCGAGAAAUGCAGAAAUUGGGUAUCCCAAUUAGUGAAUUCAUAUUGAGUGGUGUGAUUAAUAGUUAUUGUCUGAUGCAUCGUUCUGAUUAUGCAUUUUCGGUGUUACCCAUUUACUUGAAGAGUGGCAUUCCAUUUGAUGUUGUCACCUUUACCACUCUAAUUAGGGGAAUCUUUGCUGAAAAUAAGAUUAAAGAUGCAGUUGAAUUGUUCAAAAAAUUGGUGAGAGAGAAGAUUUGUGAGCCCAACGAAGUCAUGUAUGCAACCGUCAUGAAUGGGCUUAGCAAAAGGGGGCAUACUGAGAAGACUUUAAGUUUGCUCCGUUUAAUGGAACAAGGGAACACUAAGCCCGACAUAUAUAUCUACAACAUUGUUAUAGAUUCCCUUUGCAAAGAUGGAAACUGUGAUGUUGCUAUCACUCUUUUGAACGAGAUGAAGCAGAGAGGCAUUCCUCCAAACAUAGUCACAUAUAAUUCAAUAAUUGAUGGUUUGUGUAGGAUUGGUCAGUGGGAAAAGGUUAAGAUUUUGUUAUCUGAGAUGGUGAACCUUAAUAUUUAUCCAAAUGUGCGCAGCUUCAAUAUACUAACAGAUGGACUAUGCAAAGAAGGGAAAGUUGAAGAUGCCGAGGAAGUAAUGAAACACAUGGUCGAAAAGGGUGUAGAGCCUAAUAUUAUCACCUACAGUGCGAUAAUGGAUGGGUAUUGUUUGCGUGGUCAACUAGAUAGAGCGAGGAGAAUUUUUGAUAGCUUGGUAGAUAAGGGCAUUGAACCUAACAGUUUUAGCUAUAGCAUACUAAUAAAUGGAUACUGUAAGAAAAGGAAACUCGCCGAGGCCAUGCAAUUGUUUUGUGAAAUUUCUCAAAAGGGAUCAAAACCUGAUAUUGUUACCUACAAUACUAUCUUGCAUGGUAUGUUUGAAAUUGGAAGAACUGGUGAUGCAAAACAAUUGUUCAUUGAGAUGGUAUCUACUGGACCAGUACCUAACUUAUGCACUCAUCACACUUUGCUUGAUGGUUAUUUUAAGUAUGGGCUUGUUGAAGAAGCUAUGUCACUCUUUAAUAAGUUGGUUGGAAAGAAAGAAAAUAUUGAUAUUAUAUCUUACAAUAUUAUCAUUAAUGGAUUGUGUAAAAAUGGUGAACUCGAUAAAGCUCAUGCCAUUUUUGAGAAGCUUUAUUCAAUGGGAUUGCUUCCGGAUGCGAUAACAUACAAUACAAUGAUAACUGGAUUUUGUCUAAAAGGGUUGUUAGAUGAAGCUAAAGAUAUGCUUAGAAAAAUGGAGGGGAACAAUUGUCUUCCAAACAAUGUCACUUACAAUGUUAUUAUGCGAGGAUAUCUUAGGUGCAUGAAAAUAAAUGAAAUGGUAACUUUUAUGAAGGAAAUGACUGGAAGGGGCUUCUCAUUUGAUGCAACUACAGCAAAGUUACUGGUAAACUCUAUAAGUGAGAAUCCUUCCGUCCUUGACAUGAUUCCAGAGCUUCAUGCGGAAAGCAAGAAGUGAAUAUUUCUUUCGCUUGGUUUAUUUGGCUAUGUUAUAACUUUGAUACAAUUUUGGUUUAUCACCUCACAUGAAAAGGAAUCCAAUGCAAUUGUGGAAGAUGAAAAAUGAAAAUCAAAACGUUGCUUGGGGUUUCAUGCUGGCUUAUCGAGGAGGUUCAUCAUGGUCACGCCUGAAACUGAAGUUCUGAAAGCGAAGCAACUGAUGAUAGGAAUCCGAGUGAACUGGACUUGGGAGAAAGUGAAUUGGAAGACCUCAGUGGCCAUUGGCUUAAGUCAUUUUCCUGAGAGCUCCAUGCACACCGCUUUUGUCACUUAACAUUCCUUGUUCGGCUUCUGGGGUCAGCUUCUCAUCUUUGGAGCGUUUAGUUUCUCGCUCUCCUCAUUUAAGCACUCUUCGGCUCAAUCGUGCUGUGUCCAUCGAGAAACUUCCAUAGCUACUUUGCCAUGCCUCCCAGUUGGUUGAAUAUGGUACCGGAUCCUCACUACUGACAUACAGGCUGAUGUUUCUGAAGUUUCUUAAACGUAUCACAAGCUUUUUCAGGCUGCAAUCAACUCCAAAGCUUGAGUGAGGUUUGGGAGGCCGUGCCAGCCUACUAUUUAUCCAGUCUACUCCAAACUCACCUCUUUGAAUUUAAGCUGUGCUGCCAUUCAAAUACCUGUUCUUGGCAAACUCAUCAGCGACUGUCACAAUUUGGAGCAGUUGUGGGUAGGUUCUAGUUUGUGUUUUACUUUUGUAUAGAUUUGCUUGUUUUAACAUUCGAGACUCAGUACAUUAACUGUGCUUGUGAUAAAAUAGAAAUGUUGUUCAUGGUUAUCAUAUUAA